AUGCGCUGGUUUACCUUUUCUAGCAUCGCGCUCGGUGCAGCGUCCGCUGAAUACAUCACAAAUUCGUGGCAAACGCAAGAUUUUAAGACAUUGGUGACCUUUGGAGACAGCUACACGGACGAAAACCGUUUGGGAUAUUUCAUAAACCAUAAUGGUUCUGCGCCGCCAGUCGGAGUGGAUCUAGGAGUGAGCUACAAGGCCUCUACCGGCGGCCUCGUCUGGCCCCGUUAUGCCUCCAUAUACGCCAAUAGCACCCUCUACAACUACGCCGUCUCCGGCGCCGUCUGCUCCAACCAAAUCACCCCGCGCACAUUCGCCGCCAUCAACGCCCCUUUCCCGGACAUCCUUGGCUACGAACUUCCAGCCUAUCUCGCAGACUCCAAAUACGUCUCGCCCAAUGGCACCGCCUUCUUCACAGGCACCCCCGACACCACCGUCUACGCCAUCUGGAUCGGCACCAACGACGUCGGCAACAACGCCUUCCUCACCGACAGCCAGGUCGCAGGCAAAGUGCUGACCGACUAUGUCGACUGCGUGUACGACGUCGUGGACGGGCUGUACGCAUCCGGGGCCCGCUACUUCGUGCUGCUCAACCUCGCGCCCCUCAACCUCGUCCCGCAGUACGCAACCCCGGCCCAGGGCGGCCUCAACAGCUCCCAGUUCUUCACCGACAAGCAAAAUUUCUCGGGCGGCAACAUCACCGAGAUCAGCUACCGCAUGCUCGAGACGGUCGACACAGUCAACGGGAUUUACCAGUACCGCACGCCCUUUGAGACGCGCGUGAAUAACACCUGGCCCGGUGCGAAUAUUGCGAAUUUCGAUGUCAAUGCGCUGAUCACGGAUAUGUAUGCGCAUCCCGCCGAGUAUCUGAAUGGGACCGCACCGCUGAACACAACGGGCUAUGUGAUUGGCGCGGGAAAUAUCAGCAGGAGCGAUAGGGAUAGCUUCUUGUGGUAUGAUGAGCUGCAUCCGAGCGAGCAGCUGGAUCGAGUGGUGGCGAGGGAGUUUGUGGGCGUGCUUGGGGGGGAGAGCAAGUGGGCGAAGUAUUGGUAG